AUGGCACGUCUAGGACAAGCUCGAAAUAGCACUGGUGGAAAUUUUAAGAGGCCAGCACCAGGGCCGCCUUCUAAAACCCCUAAAAAAUUUCAAAAGCCUGGUGGAUCAAGAGAUGCCCCCACUGGAAAGAAACCCUCUGUCAAGAAUGCACCCCCACUCUGUUCUCACUGCUCCAAGGUUGGGCAUACCCCCAAUGAGUGCUGGCGAAAUCUGGCAGAGCAGAUAAAAAUUCCUUCGCAGCUUUCUUCUUCGCGUGCGUCCUUCGCCAUUAAUCGUCUUCAUCCUUCUCCACUGACGCGCGACCCCUCUCAACAGGUUCCGUCCGCCGUUGCACCUGAGGUCACGUCACCCUCCGUCGGCGAACUAGCAAUCCAUGCCGGGAGUCAAGCUGUGCCGGAGAUCCCACGUUUGCUGUCGUACGCCUAUCGAGAAGGAGCCGUGGCGAGCAGCGAGUUCCGUCGAUCCUCCUCAGCCGCUCGACUUCGUCAAGCGAGUAGCAAUCCUAUCCGAUCUGAUUGUCAGAUCAGACCUUCGCCGUCGCGCCUGUUCCGGUCACCGGCCGCCGGCGACAAGAAGCAGCAAACAACAACUCGGGCCAGUGAAAGAUCCGAAAAGGGCUCCUCCUCCUCCGAACUGAUCUGA